AUCUCGCCGGCCGGGCCGCUCUCUGCGCUACCGCGUUCACCACGUGUCCGGGGCACACAGCCGAGUUCGUGCACGGGGACCACGAGGAUCCGGAAACUCCGGGAAACGGAAAAGUAUCGCGCGAUGACGAGGAGGAUCGUGGAUGACUGACUGAGGGAGCACGGAAUUACUUGAGCGCUGAAGAGACAUAAAACAGCAGAAGAUGUGGAAAGCUCCAUUGAUUCUGAGUGUUUUGCUGGCACUUAUCGUAACAAGGCUAACACAAGCGAAUUAUUACGGGUAUGACCAAGGUCAGUACAGGCAGAGCAAUGCUCCCUUCAGAUGCACGGAGGAGGGCUAUCAUGCCGAUCCGCGUGACUGUAGGGUUUACUACAGAUGCGUGGAUUGGGGCAACGGUAGUCCGCUGACGACCUUCAGAUUCGAAUGCGGUGUAGGCACCGUGUUCUCGAAGGCCAAGGGAGAUAUUUGCACGCAUCCGGGGGACAGCGGUCGGUCUGAGUGCGCCGGAUCCGAGAAUGAACUUGAUUCGAAUCUACAAGAUCCUUCAGAGAAUCCUUCGUCCAUAUGGACAACAAUAAGAACGACCACACGGCCACUAACCACGACGCACGUUCCAGUGACCACGCGACCAUCAACAAUCACGACCACAAUUACGACGACUAAGAAACCGGAAACAACACAACCAGUAAUAACGAAUCGACCACCUACAGAUCAAUCGGAGAAUAAUAAUGUUAAUUGUGAAACUGCGCCACAAUGUAGACAAGAGGGAUUUUUGGCCGAUUCCUGCGAUUGUAGAAAAUUCUACAGAUGCGUGGACGAGGGCUAUGGAAAGCUUAGGAAGUACGAAUUCACAUGCGGCGUAGGAACUGUUUGGGCUCCAGAGAUUCAAGGGUGCAAUCACGCCUGGGCUGUUAAGAGAAAAGAUUGUAAGCAAGGCUUGGAGAGCGGAGGCGGUGUAGAUAAUAGUGGACAAUGGAAUGGAGAUAAUAGCGGACAAUGGAAUGGAGAUACAGGAGAUAAUGGCGGACAAUGGAACGGCGAUACUGGAGAUAAUAAUGGGCAAUGGAAUGGUGAUACCGGCAGUUCGGGCCAACCUGGUCAACCAGGACAACCAGGAGAUCCUAAUGGUCAACCGGGACAACCAGGAGAUCCGAAUGGUCAACCAGGACAACCAGGAGAUCCUAAUGGUCAACCAGGACAACCUGGAGAUCCAAAUGGACAACCAGGUUCACCGGGUACACCUGGAAGUCCCGGCAGUCCAGGUUCUCCGGGUUAUCCAGGCACGCCAGGCAGUCCAGGCUCUCCAGGAACACCUGGUUCACCAGGCACACCAGGUUCCCCUGGAACUCCAGGAACUCCAGGAAGUCCAGAUUAUCCAGGAACGCCAGGAUCUCCGGGUACACCAGGUACUCCAGGUUCUCCAGGCACACCAAGUUCUCCAGGAACACCAGGCACGCCAGAAACUCCAGGCACACCAGGAAAACCAGGUACACCAGGCACGCCAGGCAGUCCAGGUACACCGGGAACACCAGGCACGCCUGGCGACUCGGGUUAUCCAGGAACACCAGGCACACCGGGCAGUCCUGGCACUUCGGGUACUCCAGGCACACCAAGUUCUUCGGGAACACCAGGCACGCCAAGUAGUCCUGGUACACCGGGUACACCAGGAACUUCAGGCACCCCUGGCGACCCAGGUUAUCCAGGAACACCAGGCACACCGGGCAGUCCUGGCACUCCAGGUACUCCAGGCACACCAGGCACGCCAGGUAGUCCUGGUACUCCGGGUACACCAGGAACACCAGAAACUUCAGGCACCCCUGGCGGCCCAGGUUAUCCAGGAACACCAGGCACACCGGGUAGUCCAGGUACUCCAGGAACUCCAGGCACCCCUGGCGAUCCAGGUUCUCCAGGAACACCAGGCACGCCAGGCAGUCCUGGUACUCCAGGCAUUCCAGGCACCUCUGGCGAUCCAGGUUCUCCAGGAACACCAGGCACGCCGGGCAGUCCUGGUAUUCCAGGCACUCCAGGCACACCAGGAACACCAGGCACGCCAGGCAGUCCUGGUACUCCAGGCAUUCCAGGCACCUCUGGCGAUCCAGGUUCUCCAGGAACUCCAGGCACGCCGGGCAGUCCUGGUAUUCCAGGCACUCCAGGCACACCAGGAACACCAGGCACACCAGGCAGUCCUGGUUCCCCAGGCUAUCCAGGAACCCCGGGAUCUCCAGGCACGCCAGGCACUCCAGGCUCACCAGGAAGACCAGGAACACCGGGCAGUCCUGGCACUCCAGGUUCUCCAGGUACACCAGGCACACCAGGUUCUCCAGGAACUCCAGGAACACCAGGCUCUUCUGUCGAUCAACCCUCAACAGGUAUUUGUACUGAAGAAGGUUUCUUCGUUGAUCCGAAAAAUUGCCGCAACUUUUAUCGAUGCGUCGGUGAUGGUACAUCUUUUACAAAGUACGAAUUUCAAUGUGGCACUGGAACUGUUUGGGAUCCAUCCAUUCAGAGUUGCAAUCAUGCUUAUGCUGUACCACGUUGCAAUCAGCCGGGCAAUGAAGUCACAAAUGAACCUGAUAUGUCGCAAAAUGAAAUAGACGGCGCUAGUAAACCCGAUACAAGCGAAUUACCACCGGUGUCGUCUACAGGAAUCACUACUUCAGCAUCUUCAGGAUCCGAAAUACAAUCUUCGACUCAAAGUGUUAGACCUACAAGCAGACCCACUACACCACAGCAGAGCACGUCAGUUUCAUAUUUGCCACCUGCUAGUACAUAUCCACCUUCAACAACAUCUACUUCUUAUCUGCCUCCCGCAACUCAAAUGACUACUUCUGUAUCCUAUUUGCCACCCUCGACUGCAACCACCAGUGCACCGUCCAGCCCAACAUCCGGAUCUGUCUCGUAUUUGCCACCUAGUAGUACUUCCGCAACAACGAGUGUGCCAGAUUCUGCAUCAUCUGCCUCACCACAAGGUGGAAAAUCCGAGUGUACUGAGGAAGGUUUCUUCCCGAAUUCUGAUGACUGCAGAAAGUUCCAUCGUUGCGUGGAAGGCCAGUCCGGGUAUCACAAAUACGACUUCCAGUGUGGCCCGGGCACAGCAUGGGAUCAAACUUUACAAACGUGUAAUCAUAUCGGGCAAGUAACUUCAUGUUCUACAGACAGUAACGAAAUCGAUCAAGGUCCUGACACUUCUGAUUCCACAUCUGGAGCUUCUGUCACAAGCAGUCCUACGACUUCUAGUCAAAUUACCACGACCUCGUCUACAACUCUAACUUCCACAGAAGGCACAACAGUCACCGAUAAACCGUCUACAACAUUACCAACAAAGGAAACAGAUAAAACUACUACAGAAGCUUCUUCAACGACUGCAAUCACUUCAACUAGUAGUGGUCAAACAGCCACUUCAGGAAGACCGGAGGAUAUUCAAACGCCUGAAAGCUCUAGUACGGAAAGUUCAUCUUCAUCCGAACAAUCCAGCUCAAGUGAGUCAAACGAGUCAUCCGCGUCGGAUUGUACAACGCGGAAGCCGAACAAUACGAUAGUAUGCAACAACGAAGGUUUCUAUCCUCAUCCGUCUCAAUGCGACAAGUUCUAUCGUUGCGUCGACAAUGGCAACGGUUUCAACGUGUAUCACUUCAACUGUCCACCAGGCACCAUUUUCGAUCCGAGCAUCAGCGUGUGCAAUUAUCCGGAAUCCGUUUAUCCCGCGAGAGAUUGCACAACUGGAGACACUGCAUCUCCUACCUCGAGCGAAGCUCCCCCCAUGGAAUCCACAGUCCAACCUGAAACGUCGGAACAAUCUUCAUCAAUGGAGAUCACUACCGCACAGAGCACAAGUCAGCAAACGGAAGAAAGUACAGUCACAUCCACGGAACCCGGCACAACUUCUUUCACGGAAAUCACUACUUCAGAGGCAAGCACCACAGAAUCGACAACGACGUCAGAAACGCCUACCACGACUGCCGAGUCUACGACGGAAUCAACUACAGCAGCCAGUACCGAUGAGACUCCAACUACCUCGGCAAGUUCAACGGAGUCGGAAACACCUACGAGUGAAACUCAAGAACCAUCCAUGACGGAAUCUCCGGAACAAUCGACAACUACCGAGUCUCAGGAGCAAUCGACGACCGAAUCUCAGGAGCAAUCAACAACCGAGUCUCAGGAACAGUCGACUACGACGGAACCAGGAGCCGCGACACCUUGUCCCAUAGGCAAUCUGACCGACGAGCAGAUAACUCUGGUGUGCCCUACCGGUUUCCGCAGGCAUCCGAAAUAUUGCAACCUAUUCUAUCAAUGUACCUCCGAGGGCAACAUGGAGAUCAAGGUCCUCGUGCUAGGUUGCCCUGACAACACUAUCUUUGAUGAGAAUAAGAUUCAAUGUCUGCCGGAGGAAAGAAGCAGCCAGCCAUGCACAGGUGCCAAGACGAGUGCGAGAUUUUACAGGAGGCUGGAAGACAAUGCUUUAUCACCCGUAAAAGUAUCAUCGAACAGGCUUUGUCCGGAAAAGGGGCACUUCCCUUACCGACAAGGUUGCAGCAACGCCUUCUACAAGUGUGAACACGACGUCCGGGGAAAUCUGCAAGGAUAUCUCUACAAAUGUCCUGAGAACUUUGUCUACUGGUCCGUUUCCAGACGAUGCGAACGCGCGACGCGUCUUCCGAUGUGCUCGCGCCUGGCGCACAGAAACAGGAUCGACUGGAACGAUCGGUGGCAAAUACCGACCGAAAGCUUUAAUCUUUCCGCGAGGAUGUUGCGCUUCUGAGGACGUUGUCACUCAGAUACUUCAAUACGCUGCCUAUUUCUCGACUCUCGCUUAGAUGAGUUACGAGCUCGCCAUAAAUGUCUGUAGACGAUACAGAUCCUCAGGUUAAUCGCGAUUCUUGACGAAGAUUCGACGGGAGUAAUGGAGUACCGUAGGAAUUAGUAAGAUUGCGUUAAUGUAAAUUACUUUGAAAAUUAAGGAAAGACCAAUCUUUAUUUUCUGCUUUGAAGAGUUCAGGAUAUCUUUAUCGUUAGUUUAACUUUCCUUUCUUUAUCAAGAGCAACAACGGGAUGAUUACGAAAUUAUUUUGAUGAAGAGAACUACCUUGAUUAGUGCAAUAUUAUUAUAUUUUACGGUACUUUGUAGAGUAUUUAACAACAUGGCUACGAAAGAUCUCCACUAAAAAUUUGUCGACAGAUCUUCGGUAGUCAUCUUGGACUAAUUAUAAUCAAACUGCCAUUAUAUCAUGUCUAGUUAGUAGUAGAUAGCGAAUGUGUUAAUGAUUAUUAAUAAAAACGAGUCAUAUCUAGCUAGGGAACAUUUUCAUUAAAAUUGGAAUUUAUUUACGGACAUUUAUGAGAGUCCCUUAAAUUAUUAGCUUUUCUCAUUAUUAACAUUUAUCAUUACCAUCGUCUAAAAGGCAAGAUAUAUAUUCGUAAUUAUUUAUAUAUAAGUAAAUAAUUUCCAAUUUUCAUAAAAAUGUUGUUCGCUGUCUUUUUUGUAGUUAGUCGUACCAGGGGUGGUUGCGGGACUUAUAUGCAAUAUUUUGACUGUACGUAAUGACGUUGCAUUUCGCCUAUUUAUUAUAUAAUCUGCCGAAUUUUUAUUUCGCAUAUAAGAUGUCCACGAGAGGAAAUACUUCAUCAGGAUUCAGUAUCUUAAACGGUAGCUAACUCUCUUUAGGACAUUCUGUAGAAAUAAUCGUGCGUUUAUAAUGUACACGCGCUUUGUACAUAUCUUGAAACGUCCUUCGUUACUGUCACGAGUAUCUUAUGCAUUUAUUGCGAUUCACGAUGUACUUAAAAGUGUAUUCAUCAUAGUAUUGUGCAUUGAUAGGUUAGCUUAAUUAAAUUGUCCACUUAACCUAAUGUGCAUGACUCCCGCGUUUACAUUCGAUCUCUGUAGACUUUGUAUGAAUAAAAAGAAACAAUCAACAA